UUCACAAAAAGAUUCUGUUUUGAACUGCAACUUUAAGUUCAGGACUGAUCAUAUUUUGUUUUUGCCUGCGAUCUACAUGAGUUAGGUCACAAUUCUUACACAGAUUGAAAAUAAAAUGCAUGGACGUGUUUGCAGGAUUGGGGUACCCGUUUCCUGGAAUCUUCUGCCUGGGUGUUGGAACACUUGCCGCUCUUCCUGCUCCCUCCAUUGGCUACCACUCCCAUUGAUUGAUGGAAAAGGUCCCUGGCUCACUGUUAAAUGAGCCGCAGGUGGAGAAGGGAGUGGAAAGUGGUCGUUCUGUUCCAUAAACAAGGUGAGGUGAAGGCGGGGCUAGUCUCUUGCUGGGCUGUAAGCAGCAGCAUGGACCUUAGUUUUGGGAGGACUUUGAUGGGGGAGGAAUAGCUUACCUUUGUAGGGCUUGCUUUCUUCAAAGGUCAAACUAGCCUUUUGGGUGUCUGAUCUAGAAGAAUGGGUGCAGUAAGAAGAGCAUGUAGGUUCAUGGUGGCUAGUUAAUCUGUGUUGAAACUGUGUUCUAGAUGGAAUCUGAAGGAAAGAGGACUGUCCCCUGAGUGCUUUUCUUUCUCCUGAGGAGUGAGCUGUGUACCAAUCCGUAACAGCUUAAAAAAUGAACACUGCUCCAGCUUCAGAAAAUGGACCAUAUUCUACAAACCACACAAGACCCUUUUUUUAUGCGCAGCCAACAGCACAACAACCUUUCCCAAAUCCAUGGUACCUUAGUCAUCUAUAUAAUCCAUACUGUGUACCUGCCCCAGGUUUCAGAAGUGGAAAUCCAUAUUUUCCAUUUUAUUCUGUUGCACUACAUGAGUACCCUGGAUAUCUUGUUCCACAACAUCCCAUGCACACAAGAGUUAACAGAAGACCUUAUUUUAAUGUUCCCCCACCCUCUCCUCUGUUUUAUCAUGCAACAAGGUUUAGACAUUAUAGUGGCCCUGGGAAAAGAACAGUGACUAAAGAAACACAGACUGAUCCUAGACAGCCUGAAAACAAACCAAAAAAGCAUCAGGAUCUCCGGACAGAAACUAAAGGCUGUGAAGCAGGAAAUAUAGGCUGUGUUUCUUCUGGUAUGGGUACAGAAACUGAAACUACUUCAGUGAAACAAGAUUCAUCUGGAUCUUCUCUUGUGCCAGAAAGAGACUUUCAAAAUAAGGGGUCUUCCAGCUCUUCACAGUAUAGAAACAUUCCUUCAGGGAGCUAUGCUUUUGAGAAAGAAGAGGUCCGAAUAGAGUAUGGAAAUGGCUCGCCUGCAAUUCAGCUAUGGAAGUCCUUUAAGGAAACUAUUCCUUUGUAUGAUGUGGCAAGUGGUAAACCAGUCCCAGAGAAUAUCGUGCAACGUGACUUGUUUUCUGUUAGCUCUUGUGAAGGGGUAAUAUAUAGCCCUCGUGAAGGGGAGGAAUUGGUGUCAUGCGCUUCUUAUUCAGAUGAACGAAAAACUGCUCUUUCUUUGAAGCAGAGUGGUGAAGAUGGACAGGAAAAAGACUUCCAAAAUAAUGAAGUAAAACUAGGUGCAGAAAAGCCGGGAAAUGCAAGCCAAAGGGCAAAAUCUCCUCUAGGUGAAGCCAGGGCAAUGCAAAUUGCUGAGAUAGCCAGAACUGUUCGUAAUGAUCAGCUAGUGGCAAGGCAGGACACAUUGUUUAAAAAAUCUAGUUUGAAAAGAUCUGCUGCUUCAAAAACUUCUGAAGAGGAGUCCAACCUUGAUCAGCAAGCAGGAUUAUUUCCAUCCAGUACGGAAAUAACACAUGACUCAAGUCCACUGCAGAAAAAGCUAAAUCAGAGCCACAGUCCAACCAACGUAAGUCAGAUAACGGAUAAAAGCUUAUGGUGUGAAGAAUCCGUGGAGAAGUAUGUUCCUUCUAACAGCUGGCUAGCUUGCGUGGAUGACAUGGAUGCUAACUACAACUAUAAUAUGUGUCUUUCACAAAGGAAACGUCAAAGUGUACUCAGUCUGUCUUCUGAUGAAAUGUCGUCUUCUAAAGAUGAAGGAUCAUCGACUGAUGAUGUACCAGUGUCUUAUUUUGUCCCUGAUUAUGUGCUUCAGAAGAGCAUGUACGCUUUCCAAAAAAGUACAGAGGGCUCAGAGAAAGAGAAAAUUAGAAGUGGUGGCUCCCUUAAUGAAGAUGAAGUGGUAGGAAGGGAGCAGACCAAUGUUGUCAAUAGCCAGAACUUCAAAAGCUGUUCAAAAGUGAAGAUUAAAAAGAUGGCCAGCAGAGGUAGAAAGAUUGGGGUCCUCCCUAGAACUUCUGGUCACAAGAAAAUCUACUCCCUAAAGAAAAAAGCUGCUAAGAGUUUGUCUCUGUCAGAGGCUGAAGACUCUGAAGAAUACUUUGUGGCAGAGGAAGAGGGUGACAACGAGGAUGAAGAUGAUGAAGUUGAAUAUUUCUUUCAAGAAGCCACUCCAUAUGGACACUUCACCUCUGGUAAAGGCAGUUUCUACAGACCGAUUGGCCAGAGGGUGCUUUGGAAACCACCUAAAAAUGCCAUACCAGCUCACUUGAUUAGCUGGCCUGCUCGGGAGAAAAUAAAAACAAAGAGUGGGUUCUGUGAACGCACUGGUCUGGCUCCUAAGUCAAGUGAGAAGGAACAGGAUGAGGUUGUGUACAGUGAUUAUGGGUACUAUGGAAAAAAGAGGCUUACAGCAAAACAAGAGGGAUCUGACCAUAAGAGAACUUCACAGAAGUCUUCAAGAGUAAGGUUACUAAAGGAAAACAUGGGGCUGACAGCUGAUGAGUACUGGAUUAGAAGUGGUGCUAAACCCAAGUUUGCCAGCUUGAUAUGUGGUAGCCUAUCAUCCCCAACCAAAAGCAAAGAACAAGGUAAUCUGCUUUUGGAUAAACCAAAAAGGAAAAGGAUAAGCAAACCCCCUUACAAACGUAGAGACACAAGAUGUGAGGCAGAAGACAUUGAAGUAUGGGAAAUGCCUAAACCCAGUGCACACAAAGGGUGUGGAUCAAAGAGGUCUCUCUACAAAAGAAGAUAAUCUGACUAUUGCAAAUGCAAAGGAAAAUCUGAUUAUUACAAAUGCUGGGGGAAGAACACAAACAUACUGAGGUUGCAUGUCUCUUAAUCUUUAAAAUGAGUCCAUAAGUAACUUUUUUUUUUUUUUGUAUAAAUCUUUCUAAGCUACUAUGCACAGUUAAAGGGUAAGAAGUAACACUGUAAAGAGUUGGAGUACACCAUAUAAAAUAUUAAAUGAAAGGAACACUUGAAAUAAAGCACUCUAAAUUGUAAAUAAGUACUCACUUAUUGCUUUUAAGCAAUAAAGUUAACAGAAUUGCACUGAUGUGUGGGUUUUCUUUCCUGACUACUGUAUUGAAGCAGAAGCCUAAUGUAGGGAUGGUUUGUCUGUACUAGUAAACACCUAAGCAAUUGGACUUACUUUCCUACCUUCCUACCAUAUUGUUCUAAACUCUGUGCUAACUUCAAAGCUUGUUUUUUUUGUAACCCCAACUUCAGUGCUUCUUUUCAGAGGUCAAGACUUCAGAAAACUAAAUUUCUCUAUCUUCAGAGAAUAGAACAGUGGGGAUGAUUGUCAGAGUGUCUUUCAGGAGUCCAGCCAUGACUUUCCCUGAGGUCCCCUCUCCUGUAGGAAAACUAGGUCUAGGAUAGUUGAAAGAUUAAUCCUCAGUGGAGAAUACUAAUGACAAAACAACUCUUCAGAAUUCAGAUUUUUCCAGUUCCUGAACCAAAGAAUUUUAUAUGCAGUAAAAACUCAAUAUCCACUUGCUGCUUUAUGUAAUGAUAGCUCGACAGAUGUGGAGACUGUAGUGCUCUAUUCAGAGAGCACAUAUAGUUCUAACAGUUAAAUGAUCCCCAGCACUCUGGUUUUAAGGGACAACUUCUGCAGAUGUCUUGGCAUCCCUGCUGCUGCAGCUACCGGUCUCAUACAUCCAAUACAUUUAACUCUAAAUUUGGGUACACCUGACCUGAGCCUAACACCACUCUUAAAUUCUCUUAUUAUCCUAAAAACUACUUAAUCCUGGCAUGGCUGUAAAAUGCCAUGUCACUACACAUGUACUCCAAGUUAAAAUACCUCUCUCUGAACUGUCUUGGUGGCAGUAUGUAUGGGAAUAGAACAAAUUACUGGGGUACUUCAAAACAUCUCAGAUGCAGUAGAUUCUGGGAGCUGAGCAGAGACAUGUGGAAGAGAGAUGCAGAGGACAUUUCAAUUUAAAUGGCUCAGAACUGUGCUAGUGUGGCUAUGGGCCAAAAUUGCAGUGGUUCAGAAUACAAGUCCGUGUGAAAUAGACCCUGCCUACACUAGAUCUUCCUCUGCAGCUUUCUGAAGUGUAUUUGAUUCAGCUAGGUACUUAACCAGCUUGACAUGUCUAAGUUAAAUCACCUUGUUGACUCCAUAGUGUCAGAAAAUCAGUUGAACAGCCUGUUUGUACAGACUUCUCUAUACUGCCAUUUUAGGCAGUAGUGAUUCAGAUACAGGCUUAUAACUAUCGCUUUGUUGCAUUUUACUUUUGGGGACUUCAACAGACUAUGCAAGAAACCCUACACGUGUAGGACAGCUGAAGGAAAAAAAUUCCCUUUUUUGGCAAAGGAGGUUCAAACAGACCCCUGAGAUUCCAACACUGGACGUUUCGUUGGACAGUUUUGUUGCCUCUGACUCAAAUUCUAAAAGAGAAGUGUUGCUAGCUAAAUCUUCUUCUGUCAGAGGGUGGGUUAGGUAUAAUCACCAAAUCUUAUGCCAAUGGUGGCUUGGCAUGUCAAAUUUUAAUUCUGCAUUUUUCACAUUCGGAGUGUAGAAUUCUAUGUAUGUUUGGUGUUAUAUAAUUUCUCCCACUUCAAUGUUGAUUUAAGAAUUUUGUUCUUAGCUUCUGGGUGGAAAAGAUCAAAUUACAGCUGUUUCCAUUAAAUGAAGAGAAUGUAAGAACCACUUACAAAAAUACUCUGUGUGCUAACUAUGGAUCUGCUAAGGAAAGACAGGUGUAGUGCAAGACACAAACUUCUUCCACAGCACAUAUUCCCUGUAGCUGGUUUGUUGUGCUAGUUGGCUAUUAAUCAAUGACUUUGGAAUGUCAGUCAUCUCUGACCUCUCACUGAAUUUUAAGUAGCUUGUUAUGCUCAGACCUUGUCAGUUCAUACAGAACAUAGAUCUCCCUGCUCCAAACACCUUUGUCUUCUCUAGAGCUCUGGUAGUUCCACAACAGUUCAGGAGGAAAAAAUAUUUAACUAGAUAAUCAGACCCAAGAAGUUUACUAGGAUAACUCAUAGCUCUAUGAGCUGGUAGACUUGUUAUAGCUACACCCCUCUUGAUUUGUAUAGUCAUGUGAAUGUUUCAUAAUUCUAGCACUCAUAAGUAACAUGAUAAACCAGAAUCUACAUGCACGAAACUUGUUAAAAGCUUCAGUCUCUGAAGUAAAUUACCAAGAUGUCAAGUGCCUUAAAUAAGUAAAUGGUUAAUCAGAGGUAGAUGCCCAUUGCUCAAUUUAACACUUUAUGGAACAGCUCAAUUGUGGUGUGUGUGGUGUUUUGCUUUUCUUCUCCUCCUGAGGCUAGAAAGGACCAUUAGUUAUCUAUUCUGACCUGCAUCCCAAACCAUAGCACUUAAUUCAGGAAUUCCUGCCUUUUGCCCAACUUGUGACUGAAUAGACAUCCCAUUUUGAUUUUUAAAACUCUAAAAUUUACUACAUAUCUUGCCAAUUAUAAUAUAAAGUGUGUAUGUGUGUAUAUAUAUGUGUGUGUAUGUAUAAUAUAUUACUUAUAUAUAUGUCUACUUAUGCUGUUUUCAGUUUGAAUUUGCAUGACUUAAUUUUUCAGCCAUUAGAUUUCAUGUGCUAAAGGCCUAUCUAACAUCAUCUCCCUGUAUAGGUACAUAAAAACUGCACUUAAGCUC